UAGUUUAGGCAUGGAAGUACGCACACUUUGAUGACAUCACAGCCUUUUCCGCAGCAGCCAUAACACUGAGCACCUCGUGGGAAAAAGUUUGCCCACUAAAGAAGGUACAACCAUGAAUCCCGAAAAAUUAAAGCAACUUCAAGCAAAAGCAGACGCUGUCCGCAUUGGCGGCAAGGGAUCUGCAAGGAGAAAGAAGAAGGUCAUUCAUCGCACUGCCACCACAGAUGGAAAGAAAAUAGAAAUCUCUUUAAAGAAGUUGUCUGUUAACAGUAUUCCGGGUAUUGAGGAGGUUAACAUGAUUAAAGAGGAUGGACAAGUCAUUCACUUCAACAACCCUAAAGUCCAGGCAUCUUUGGCUGCUAACACAUUUGCAAUCACUGGUCAUGCUGAGAACAAACAAAUUGCUGAAAUGCUGCCAGGGAUCUUAAAUCAGUUGGGAGCUGAGAGCUUGAGCAGCUUGAAAAAGCUUGCUUCAACAGUGGCCAGUGCUGCUAGCGAUGGCAACAAACAGACAACCGCAGAUGUGGAUGAUGAUGAUGAAGUCCCAGAACUGGUUGAAAACUUCGACGAAGCAUCAAAAGAUGAGGAUGUCUGAUGUGGGGAGAGCUGGCGUAACCAGACGCAUUCGAGUGCUUUCACGUGGUUGCCCGCAGCUCCCCAAAGUGUACAGUUUUUCUAAUCUAAUAUUAAGAUACACUGGAUCCAUCAUCACUGAAGUGUGCCCGCUUCUGAAGUGUUUCUCUCCAUCGUUUGUUAAUGUGGCCAGAGCAUGGUCUGGUUGGUUGGUUUGAUUGUGAUGAGAGAGGAUUAUCAAACUGUAGCAAGUGCUUGGGUUGUAAUAUUAAUAAAGCUAUCUCCAUUUUCAUUUUCUAGAGAGUUUUUACUCCAUAUUUUUAUUUUUUUCAUACGUCUGUGUGGAUGAUGUAACAUUUUGUGUGCCCUUCUAAUCUAUACUGCUGGAACAGAACCGAAUCAAAAAUGUGUUGAGUAAUUUGUGUUGUUUGUUCCGGUUUAUUUCAUGUGGUUGUAACGACAUCUCUGUGUUACUGGCAAUAAGAGUGGGAGGUUGGGGAGCGUCAUUAGUAUUAAUACGUCCUUUUCUUCUUUUUUUUUGUUCAUGGGUUCUUUCUGUGUGUACGUCUUUUUUUUUUGUUUUUGUUUUGUUCAUGGGUUCUUUCUGUGUGUCUCUCCAGCUUUUUCCUCGACUAACUGGCUAUUAUUGUGUUGAUCCGCUUCUUUUCCCUCAACUAUCUCACCGUUCACAGUACCCAAACGUCUUGGCAAAGCUCAGGUGGUUAGUUAAGUCAGGAAUCUUAUCAUUAAGUAUAGCCUUCUAUUGUGCGAGAAUAAACCGCGAGUGUGCUGUUGAAAGUUGGGAUGAAUGGUUGUUUGUCUCCUAAUUCAGUUCUCAGCAUUGAAUUUAAAGUAAAGAUCGCCUCUCCCUUACACAAACACCCGAUGUCUCUUGGAUGGAUGCCAUUGAUGUACGAGGUGAAACUGUAGAUCUGAAUGCUCACUAUUGUCUGUCGGGACUUUUUCAUCAAAACCAAGGGAGUGAAAGUGGGUUGUCUUCUUUGGAUGGGACGUUGACUGCACAGCUUUUUGCUCAGUUCUGAACUGAACAUUCUUCACCUUGUAUCAGUCAUUGAAAAUAUUAUGUCACGUUGGUGCCCACACUAUACUACUAUGUGCUGCAUGAGGUUUGAUCGAAUAAAUUGACCAGAGCAUCAUCUUGGUGCGUCUGUGUCCACAACUUUCA